UUGCGCAUGCGCACCUAAUGUAACAAGAUGGCGGAGAGUGCGGAACUGAAGCAAAUGGUUAUGAGCCUUCGAGUUUCGGAGCUCCAGGUGUUGUUGGGAUAUGCAGGACGGAAUAAGCACGGACGCAAACACGAACUUUUGACCAAAGCUCUCCACCUACUCAAGGCUGGUUGCAGUCCCGCAGUACAGAUGAAGAUCAAAGAGCUCUACCGACGGCGCUUUCCAACCAAAAUGGUUUCGCCGGUGGACCUUGCUCUGCCCGGUGUCCAUUCUGCCUCCAGCCUGCCCGCUGGGCUCGCCCAGCUGGGAUUUGACAGCCACGGUUCCCCAUCGCCUCUGCUGCCUGUUUCUUUACUUGGGCCUAAGCAUGAGCUGAGUCUGCCUCACCUCCCCUCCGCCCUGCACCCUGUACACCCUGAUGUUAAGCUCCAGAGAUUGCCAUUCUACGAUGUUCUGGAUGAGCUCAUUAAGCCAACCAGUCUGGCCUCAGACAACAGUCAACGCUUCCAGGAAGCAUGUUACGCCUUUGCAUUAACACCACAGCAAGUUCAACAGAUCAGCAGCUCCAUGGACAUAUCUGGGAACAAAUGUGACUUUGCUGUACAAGUCCAGUUAAGAUUUUGUUUAUCAGAGACAAGCUGUCCCCAGGAGGAUCAUUUCCCCCCUAAUCUGUGUGUGAAGGUGAAUGGCAAACCCUGUAAUCUCCCGGGAUAUCUUCCUCCAACCAAAAAUGGAGUUGAACCAAAAAGACCCAGUCGCCCCAUCAACAUAACCUCUCUUGUUCGACUGUCCACAACAGUCCCCAACACAAUUGUGGUGUCAUGGACCUCAGAAAUUGGGAGGAGUUUUUCCAUGGCUGUUUAUCUGGUGAGACAGCAGUCAUCUGCGGUGUUGUUGCAAAGACUAAGGGCCAAAGGAAUUAGGAACCCUGACCACUCAAGAGCUCUGAUCAAAGAGAAAUUAACAGCAGAUCCAGAGAGUGAGAUCGCCACCACCAGUCUACGAGUCUCUCUCCUGUGUCCUCUUGGGAAGAUGAGGCUGACUAUCCCUUGCAGAGCGUUAACAUGUUCCCACCUCCAGUGUUUCGAUGCUACACUUUACAUCCAAAUGAAUGAGAAGAAGCCGACAUGGGUGUGUCCGGUCUGUGACAAAAAGGCUCCAUAUGAGCACCUCAUUAUUGAUGGGUUAUUCAUGGAAAUCUUGAAUAGUUGUUCUGACUGUGAUGAAAUCCAAUUCAAAGAAGAUGGAAACUGGUCCCCCAUGAGGUCGAAGAAAGAGGUGCAGGAGGUGUCAGCUUCGUACAAUGGUGUAGACAGCGAUUCGUCGCGGACAGACCCGCAUGAGCAGAAACGUGGAUCGUCUAAUGACAACAGCAAGAAAGUUGAUGUGAUUGACCUGACACUGGAUAGCUCCUCAGAGGACGAGCUAGACGAUGAGCCGCCUCCUAAGCGGGCCUGUCCCUCGCUGUCACCUGUCUCUCCACCUCCAAACAAAGGAGUACUGAACCUGCACAGCCAGUCCUCACCUGUGAGCAGAGCUCCCAGCAUGCCCCCUGUGGAGACCAGCUACAUUCCUCCCCCUCCACCUCUUAUCCAGGACUACCGCCACUAUUAUCACACAACCAGUGACCUGCCAGAUCUGAAUUUCUUCUCCUUCCUCCAAGGCGACAAUCCGCAUUACAACAUGGUGAUGGCCGCCGCAGCAGCUGCAUCAGCCUCAGCCUCAGAGGACCACGACUUGCUGCUCAACCGUUUCCUGCCCUACGGCUCCUCUCAGAUGUUGCGGGAACAGCCAGGCACCCCUGGGAGCAGCACGCUGGUGGCCACCAAUGGAGGCAGCAACAGUGGGAGCACCAGUAGUUUGGUGUCUUCCAGCAGUCUGCGAGACCGCGACAAAGACAGAGAGCGAGACAGGGACAGCCACACCAUCUCAGGAUUGUCGAGGUCCUCGGUGGAAGCCGCGGCAGCGGCGGCAGCCAUUUAUGGCUCCAUAUCUGACGUUAUCUCUCUUGACUAGAUCCUCACAGAACUGAAAGACAAGGGAGACCUCAAGAACAGGAGUUCUUUGUAAAUAAGCAAGAGGAAGAUGAAAGAAUACAGUGCUAUGUACAGAGAGGAAAAUCUAUUUUCAAUUUUACUUAUCAUAUGUAUAUAAACUUAGGACCCUUCUUGUCCGGUGAGUUACUUCAGUUGAUAUUUUUCUGUGAAUACUGAAGACUUUUUCACACCUCUUCAUGUGGUCCUUUGAUUAUAUUGUACCUUUUGUACCUGGUUUUUACAGUUUUGUUUCGAUAUUCCAUGUCAAUGGCAUUAUUUCAGUAUAAUGUUAUGUGCACAGAACCCAAUGAGGUGACACCUUAUGUAACAUGAUAUUUAGAAUAUAAAGAAAAUGGGCAUUGUUAUAGAUGUACAAAAGGCAAGUCACAGCAAAACAGGUAAAUGUGUAACACUUUCUUUAUUUUCUAAAUGGCAUCAUUUCUGUCAAAUGUUUUGACAGCAGAAAGAUCUGGACAUUUUUGCCAUCACUGUAGAUUUUUCUGUAAGACAUUCAUGCUGUGGUCAUUAUUAUCUUUAUUUUUAAGGAAUUAUUUAUGAUGUAAGUUAUGUUGGAUGUAUGCUGUUUUUUUAAAGAAGCAUUCCUUAUGCCUCUAGGAACUGUUGCCACUAGAAUUGCAAAGCAAACG